AUGAGCUUGUAUAUAUUAAGUAUAGUAUUUGUAGCAAUAUAUACUGCAAACUUCACUUCUUAUUUACGAGAAAUAUCUGAUGGCAUUAAAAAUUAUUAUCCAUUAAAUUCUCGAGAUGAACAAUAUCAAAGUUCAAUAAAUGGAUUAAUUGAUGCAGAUUUUGAUCAAAGUACAUCUGGUACACCUACGACUAUUGGUAUUGAUUCAUUACUUGGUUUAUUUCUUACUUUUGAAAUAAUUAAUAUAUUAGCGAUACUGUUAUUUUUAUAUAAUCAGCAUAUUUCGUAAAAAUGCUUCAUUGACUCGAAAGAAUCUUUUUAUCAUAAGAAAUUCGGGUAUUGCAAUACAAGUUUAAAUAUGAAACUGUUAUAUAUCAAAAGACUUCUGUAUAAUAGAUGAUAACAUUAAAUAACAAAAACGAAAAGAUCAAUAUAUAUUUCUUAUGUAGUACGUUAUUUUAUUUACUUUACAUUUAUUAACUAUUGUCGUACUCAGUGUACGUUAGAUAUUCUUUUUUUGUAUCUAGACAACUCAUUUAUCAUUGUAAUUGUUACUGUCAUCCAUAAUAAUUUAAUACCCUUGGAUUACUUUCGACGAGAAAAAAGAAAAGACUAUGUCUUACGUAUCGAAAAAUACACUUUAUACUCUGUCACCUUUACACGUGUCGUGAUAGAAAUAAUAUAAUUACAAUGAUUAGCUUGACUAUAUAUUCGUAAUCGAAUUUCAAUUUUCAUCCAUA